UCACCUCCUUCCUCCUCCCCCAACCCGCGCCGCCUCCUCUCCUCCUCCCAAGCAGGACGCAGCCGACGUGAACUUGGGCGCCGCCGGAGAACGGCCGCGGGGCGCUGCUGCGUGGAGCGCCAGUCACCGCCGGUUACCGAGCGACGGGGGCGCCUUGACGCGGCCACAUCGGCGGCAAGGACUUCGCGCUCGACUUCGCGCUCGCACGAGGGCGGUUGGACGCGGCAGCGGCGAGCGAUGGGGUCGGCCGGAUGCGGCAACCGGAUGGGGACGGCCGCGAUGGUGGCCCGGAGGAGCGUUCAUGGAGGAGGACGCCAUCAACGCGGAGAGUGGCGGCUGCCCGGCGCUGCGAGCUCGAGAAGAUCGUCCACAGCCGGCAGGGCCGGUCCUGAGCCGGUGCAUCCGGUGCGGCCGCACUGGGCCCCCGGCUGCUAGGGCCCUAUCGCUACUGGAAAUUACUUCGCAUCUCGACUUCAGUCUAUCGCCGCCCUAAUCAAGCCCCCUGCCCUUCUCGUUCUUCCCCAAUCACGGCCGCGAUGGGGCACCUCUCUGCUGUUCCUGAGAGAAUUAAUGGAGGAGGAUAUCCUAAUUUGCCUUGAAUUGAGAGAGAAUAACAGUGGAAGAAGAGAUCAAAUGCAAGGGGAAACAGGAAUUGUCGGCCGCGGCAGCAAGGGGCACGGAGCCAAUGCCCUUCGCGUGGGCGGCAAGGGGAUGGCUGACGGUUGUCCAAGUGCAACGGUGGCAAGCUAUCUCUCCAAUGGGGCCGGCCCUGACAGCCGGCCAGGGCGCGAGGGCUGCAACGGAGGUGGGGUCGAUAUAGGUGGUGGUGGAGGCCACCUCCUCUCCUCCUCCCCCAAUUCUUCCGCUCCUGAAGGCAGUGGUGGAGGCUCGCCGACAUGCCUAGGAGACGCGGGUUCGCUCAGGUUUUCUUCCCCCUCCUCCCUCCACAUGGAAAACAAUAUGCUUCUUGGGCAGACAUAUUUCAGAAGCUUAGCGUCAGAUGACUUCCGAAAUACUGGCUCCUGGCACAAGGGCACCACCCCAUUAUUAUGCCCAUGGCCGUAUAUGCUCCAUCUCUGGGGUCAUCAGGUUAUUUUCCUUGGUCUGCUUCUAUUGUAUGGUACAACCUCAACAGCCACACAGGUGAAUCUGCUGGAAUUACAAGGACUGAUCUAUGCUAAGAAGCUUAUUGUUGAAGAUGCUGCUGGUGCAUUUGCAAAGAUUGCGGUAGCGCCACUAGAGAGGGUCAAGAACUUACUUCAGCAUGUUGAUUUUGAGCUCUGA